ACCUGAGAAACAGCGACCCUUCAACGUCACACUCCAACGUAUAGGCGGGCGGUCGCCGCUGACGGAACUAGCAAAGCCUCCCACCGACCGGGAUCCGUGCGCCAAGCUCUGCGACGAGCGGCCGGCCGCUCCGGAUAUCGCAGAGCGAUGGGGCACCGCGCGCGGAUGCGGCGAUCGUAUACGAUUUUCGCCGCGUCCGCCGUAGUCGCCACCUGCCUCUUUUCCUCCGUCCUCGCCGCCGAGUGCGAUCGAUCCCUCAAGUUCGAAACCCAGGCCGACGUCGACAAGGCCAACUGCUCAAGCAUCACGGGGGAUGUGGUGAUACCUGCAACGGCGACUGGGGUCAUAACUUUCGACGACCUCUUGAACAUACAAGGAGACCUGAGGGUGGAUGCUUGCCAGGGAAACGGAUGUGCACUGGUUGGGAUUUCCAGCAGGAAUCUGACCAGGGUAGACGGGAGACUGUACAUGGAAGGAGUGCCGAGCUUACAGUCUGUCAAGCUGCCCGGCUUGCGCAAGGUGAGAGGGGAUUUGUAUCUCCUCGACCUCCCGUCACUCAACGAGCUCAACCUAGUCAGCAUCAACAAUGUGGGCAGCUUCCACUUGGUGAAUGCGCCGAAGCUCCUCCAAGCAAAGAUAGGAGUUGCUCGCGGGAUCAGCACGGAUCCCGACGUCGGACUUAAGAACAUAACCGGAGAGGCAACGGGGGCUGGCGAGGCCGAGGUGGAGGUUCGCAAUGUCGGACUGUCGAAUCUUAACGGGCUUAUCGAUUUUUGGGACGCCAAAAAGCUUACCAUUGAGAAUCUGCCCAACCUCCACCGGCAGACAUUCCGGGUCCGCAAUGUGGAAGAGAUGCGUGUGAUUGGCAACGACAACAUGACGCUUUACUUUUGGGAGCAGGACAUGAUGGAGGGGACACCUGGUCCUAAUAUCACCCGCUUGCAUGUCAGCGGGAUCCGACAUAUAUCGCCGUGUCUACACCCCGUCGUCCACGAGUUCGUCGCCGACAACAAUCCGCGCCUCGAGUAUUUGCAUUUCAACUUUGAAAAGCUCGCCCGGCUCGACGUGCACGAUAACCCGAACCUCAAAAAGAUGGUUAGCUGGGCCAAGUUAAAUAGGUUCUGGAAGGACAUACACAUACAUGACAACCCCCAGUUGAGGUUGAGCCAAUUCCCGGAGCGCGCACCCGACGACAACUUGACGGCGUACGACUGUCCGGCUUUUUACAACGCGUUCAGAGAUCAAUGGGCAUGGUUUCCGAAUGUUUUCAACAAUGUUGUCAUCUCGGCCGACAUCGACAACAGCUUUUUUAACGCAACAUGGACAAGCCUCUACCUCGACUCAUCCGGCCCCGGCACAAUAAAGCCCAAGGUCAUGGACGCGUUUGUGGUCAAUUCUUCCAACGAUACGUUCAACUGUCAAGAUCUCAACUUGCUACGGACGGAGAAGGGUGCGUUCCCGGGCACGUAUUCUUGUCAAGGCGAGACGCCGCCGGCGGGAUUGGGCGUGAGCCUAGAGGCACCAAUGAGGGUGGCUUUGGUUAGUGCUGCCAUUAUUGGCGCACUGCUCCUGUAGGACCUACGGAGCAUUUGUUUCAACAUUCUUACCGUGCAAAUGAGCAAUGUAACACUUUACGGGAUACGGAGUACGGAAAAUCAGGUAUAUACGGUUUAUUGUUUCUGUACACAUAUAUAAUGAGAUGAGAAAUGCAAAGAAAGUUCCUUCACCCAGGCGGCCGCUGGC